AUGCAAAUAGUGGGACUAUUGGCCGUCUGGCUCACCAUCAUGCAGCUCACUCAGGCAGCAAGUCUCUAUUUGACAGGCCUACCAUCCGAAUCUGAGCGACCAAUGAAGCGAAGCGCCUUGCUGCAACCGGAGAACAAUCCAGAAUGGAACCAAUUGGGAUGGGCUUGGGGUAAAAGAAGUGUGCCGGGAAGUGAGAUCCCCCGUCGCCUUGUCCGUGCUCUCCACCCGGUCAAAAAGAACCCCGACUGGAACGAUCUGGGAUUCGCGUGGGGACGCAAAUAG